GGUCGUCCACAUACAGGGCCAUUGCCACAAGGCGAGAAUGUUGAGGAAGUUUCUCUAAUGCCUUACGACGAGCAUCGCUACGAGAAGAAAGGCCGGGGACAGCGGGGCGAAGUCUACCAGGAUGACGAUGAAGACGAAGAGAUGACUGGUGGCACACACAACGUACAGUGUGCCCAGUCAUAG